CCCACCAAACACAACCACUUCGUUACUGAAUCUCUUCGGACUCACUAAUUCAUUUUGCGAAGCAAACUUGAUUAGCCAGGGCCUCUUCUAUCGUCUCCGUGGACGUAAAUUUAAACCGAUAGAGCGGCCAAUAUGCCUCCCAAAAAGAAGACCAACAAGAAGGGUGGCGACGACUGGGAGGCGGAUUUGGGCGAAACUGCCCCGCAUGUUGAGGAUGCCGCCCCGAACGCGGGCACAGAGGCGGGCGAAGACGAAUUCCCUGCUGGCGGCCUUAUGGCCGCAAUGAAGAAGAACCGAAACAAGAAGAAGGCGAAGGGAAAGCCGGCAGAUGAGCUUGGCGACGCAAACGGCGGAGAAACGCCCGCUGAUGAGGGGUCUUCCUUUGACCCCUCGAUCAAGGCACCUGAUGAGGCAACUAUGGAUGACGAAUUUUCGCUGCCGAAUACAAAGACGAAGACAAAGGGGCCCGAGAAGAGUGCGCCGGCAGAGGAUGAGGGAGACGAGGAACGUGGUGCGGAUGGGCGAGUAAUGACAAAGAAGGAAAAGGAAAAGGCAAAGAAGGAACGCGAGAAGCAAAGAAAGAAGGAGCAGGCCGCAAAAAAGAAGACCGCCGCACCAGCUGCAAAGGCUGUCGAAGAAGUAAAACCCGUUGCCGAAACAAAGACCGAGAUGCCCGAGCCCGCUGCCACCAAAGGCAAGAAGCUGACCCCGGCAUUGGCCAGGUUACAAAAGCAACAAGAGGAGUUAAGACGUCGCGAGGAGGAGAAGGCGCGGGCUGUUGCCGAGGAGAGAGAACGCAUCGAGGAGGAAGAGAGACGCGAAGCUGAAGAAGAAAAGGCCCGCGAAGAAGCUAAGCUUAUCAAAAAGCAGAGAGAAAAGGAGAAGAUCGACCUUCUCAAGAAAGAGGGCAAGUUUAUGACUAAAGCUCAGAAAGAAGAGAAGGCUAGAAAUGAGAAAAAGUUGCAGCAAAUGAUUGAUGCUGGUGUUAAAGUUGGAGGACUGGAGGCCGGAGAAGAGAAGAAGAAGGUCGUCUAUGAUAACAAGAAGAAAAAGGGAGGCAGAAAGAAUCCAGCAGAGAUCCAGGCUGAAGAAGAACGCCUCAUGGCUGAAGCAGCAGUCAGGGCUAAGGCAGAGGCUGAGCGUAUGGCAGCCAAAGCGGCAGAGAAGGCCGAGAAAGAGGCAGCGGCUGCACUCGCCGCCAAAGACGCAGAAGCCAGUGAAGUUGAAGAUGACUGGGAAGUAGCUGCUGCUGAAGAAGACGACGUUAAAGAUAGUUGGGACGCAGACUCGGAAGAGGAAGAAGCACCCUCAGCCGAGAAACCAGCUGCCGAUGCCAAAUCCCUACCGUCGAGGCCCAAGGAAACCGCUCCGGCUGAGGAGUCCGAGGAAGAAUCCGAAGAAGAAUCAUCGGAAGAAGAAUCUUCAGAGGACGAAGAAGCCACUGCAGCGGAGGCCGCCCUUGCUCUUAGGAAAAAAGAGGCCGCUGAGCGAAGAGAGAAACUACACCAAGAGGCAUUGGCAGCUCGGUCUAAGGACAACCUGCGGUCUCCAAUUUGCUGUAUUCUUGGUCACGUCGAUACAGGAAAGACAAAGUUAUUGGAUAAGAUCAGACAGACCAAUGUCCAGGAAGGUGAGGCUGGAGGUAUCACACAACAGAUUGGAGCAACCUACUUCCCAGUCGAAGCUAUCAAGAAGAAGACAAUGGUUGUCAACAGGGAUGGUGCCUUUGAAUUCAAAGUUCCUGGCCUCUUGGUUAUCGACACUCCUGGUCACGAGUCUUUCUCUAACCUCCGCUCCCGUGGAUCUUCGCUUUGCAAUAUUGCCAUCCUAGUGGUCGAUAUUAUGCACGGCCUGGAGCCUCAAACACUGGAGUCCAUGAAACUGCUCCGAGAUAGAAAGACGCCAUUUAUUGUUGCGCUCAAUAAAAUCGAUCGUCUGUACGGGUGGAAGAAGGUUGAAAACAACGGCUUCCGGGAAUCGUACGAACUCCAGAACAAGGGCGUUCAGAACGAAUUCCAGAAGAGGCUGGCCGAUACCAAGACAGCAUUCGCCGAGCAAGGAUUCAACUCGGAGCUCUUCUACGAAAACAAGUCGAUGGCAAAAUACGUUUCCCUCAUUCCAACUUCAGCGCAUACUGGAGAAGGUAUCCCCGAUAUGCUCAAGCUCAUUCUCCAGCUCACUCAAGAAAGAAUGGUUGGUAGUUUGAUGUAUCUCUCCGAGGUUCAGUGCACUGUUCUUGAAGUCAAGGCUAUUGAGGGCUUUGGUAUGACGAUCGAUGUUAUCCUUUCCAACGGUAUCCUCCGUGAAGGAGACAGGAUUUUAAUUUGCGGCAUCAACGGUGUUAUUAAGACUAACAUCCGUGCGCUAUUGACACCUGCUCCUAUGAAAGAGCUUCGAUUGAAAUCGGCUUAUGUUCACAAUAAGGAGGUGAAGGCAGCACUUGGUGUAAAGAUCAGCGCUCCGGAUCUCGAAGGUGCAAUUGCAGGUUCUAGGUUGAUGGUUGUGGGACCUGAUGAUGAUGAAUCCGAUCUCGAAGAAGAGGUAUGGUCUGACGUUAGCAACCUCAUGAAGAGAAUCGAGAAGACAGGCCGCGGUGUUAGCGUCCAGGCUUCCACUCUCGGUUCCCUCGAGGCCCUUCUUGAUUUCCUCCGCGUAUCCAAGAUCCCAGUCGCCAAUGUGGGUAUUGGCCCAGUAUUCAAGCGCGAUGUUAUGCAGUGCGGUACCAUGUUGGAGAAGUCGAAAGAACAUGCUGUCAUGCUUUGCUUCGAUGUCAAGAUUGACAAAGAAGCUCAGCUUUACGCAGAAGAACAGGGAAUUAAGAUUUUCACAGCCGACAUCAUUUACCAUCUUUUCGACCAGUUCACCAAACACAUGGAGGCAAUUAUCGAGAAGAGGAAGGAAGAAUCAAGACUCAUGGCGGUCUUCCCUUGCGUACUUUCGACGGUUGCUGUCUUCAACAAAACUGGCCCGAUUAUCGUCGGCGUUGACGUUAUUGAGGGCCAGCUUAAACUUGAUACUCCCAUUGCAGCUGUUAGGACAAACGCUAUCACUGGUGCUAAAGAGAUCAUCAGUGUUGGCAGAGUUACGGGUAUCGAACGUGAUCACAAGCACCUGCCGAGGUGUAAGAAGGGCGAACCAUCAGUGGCGGUCAAAAUUGAAAUGGGAUCUCAUCAGCCAACGUAUGGCCGCCACCUUGAGGAGAAAGAUACCUUGUACUCUCUCAUUUCAAGGAAGUCGAUCGAUACACUGAAGGAAUUCUACCGAACCGAUGUGACGAACGACGAAUGGAUGCUGAUCAAAAAACUUAAGCCUCUAUUUGACAUCCCGUAGUCGAUAGAAUGAUAAUUUAUUCCAUCUCAAAAGCCUUUCGUUCUGUUGCACAGCGUGGCAUCGAUGUAGAAAGCGAAGAGGAAAAUCAUAUUCGGAGGUGAUUCGAUGCAUGGGGAACGCGAAUCUGGAUUUACGAAUUGCGAACUCGGCUUAUUGGGCAUUUAUGGAGUUUCAUGGAGUUUUUGUUAUAUGAUGAUUGAUCUAUGUAGGAAU